AUGUCUUCAGAAAAUUUGGUUUCCAACAGUGCAAGCAAUCCGUUUGAGCCGAAUCUAUGUAAGAAUCACCAACCAAAUAUGCCAUUCUACAUCGACUUUCAAGACUUCAACGCAUUUCGAGACGGAAACACUGAAAAUAACCAAGUUCCGAGACAGUUUAGCCAGAAUAACCCCCUCAUUAAACCUCCGACUACAGAUGGGCUCUCACAUAGAUGGAGUCAGGGUGAUCAUCCUGCGUUGAAGUACACUCCAAGAGAGAAUUCUCCAUCCACUUCUGAAAUUCCAAUCUAUCAGCAAUACUGGAGGGCACAUACUCAUCGUACUCAAGACCCUAUGAAUAUUCCAGAAUCACUGAGUUCAAACGCAACCCGAAUGUUGCAUAUUCGGACACCGAUAAGAGAUGAUGAGUUGGGAGAGGAUGGGAUUGAGAAUACGGAAGAGGGAGAGUAUGGAUCAAUAAGUGGAGCAUCGUCGUCUGAUCGAUGUGGAGUGGGCGUCUACUCACAAAAUAGCAUCCAAAAUGAUCCUUUUCACCAUGUUUACAAUGAUAAUUCAUCUCCGAGUGCUGAAUCAAUUGGAAUUCGCCAUUAUUGUGAGAAACCAAGGAACAUGACAUAUGACUCUCAAAUGAAAAGUGAACAAGUAAGUACCACUUUCCAUACGAUAUCUUAUAUAAUUAUCUGUACCAUCAGUAUUACACACCAAAAAAUGUUUUAUAAAUUUAAAUUGCGAUAA